UUGGGUAAGUCUGUGAUUUCACACCAACUCAGCUAAAGUUAUUUUCUUUCCAGUGAUGCAAUACUUCUCAAAGGACACUUUUUGCACUGUUAUUUACCAUGAUCAAACUCUGAACUGCAGACAAAGUGAACUCUUUGGUGCAGUAAAUCAAGCUAUUUCCUACGGGCAAUUACCAGUUAUUAGGAUUACUACCGGAACUGGCAUGGAACAAGCUCACCUUGAGCUGGCAAUCGAACUUGGAUGUCAAUCGUACAUAACAAUCACUGAAGGAGUAAACUCAUUUUUCGAUAUUAAACUCGCCGUUAAGGAUCGUACGAGUCAACGGAGGCGUGAUAAUUUUUUUUUGAUUUUUGUCGAUAUAAUUUCUAACUUCAAUUACAAUCGGAUUCCAGAAGACGCAUUCAAUUUUUAUCCAAAUUUGUGGUUCAUGACACCUUCGGAAAAUCUUGCGAACGGAUUUGAUUUCUACACUCAAAACUUCACGAUUUCAGGCUCCACAAAGUUGUACCGAGAAAAUAGUUUCAAUGUGGAGAAAUCAUCGUUCACGUUGAAUGUCAGCUUGUUCUACGACAAACUCUCCAAUUUGGGCGGAAGAUCCAUCCGAACGGGGAUAGUGGACUACAUACCGUACGCUACUACGGAAUAUGUUGGUGCCAACAGAGGAAAUGUUGAUGCUGUGAACUCUACCCUGUCAAAAGAGUUACACACCGAGGGAUUCGAAGGUACUUUGAUAGUGGAGUUUUGCAAGUUUUUCAACUGCAAUCUUAAGGUGUGGCCUUUUGGACCUGAUAACUGGGGAUACAUAAAUGAUGCCGAAAACGGCGAAGGAAUGAUCUUUUCUCCAUUGAGCAAAAUUACGGAGAUUGUCAUUUCUUCCGUUUACUAUCAGUGGAUAUACCAGUUUCUGGACUACGCCAGUCCAAUUGCUUAUUCCUCGAUAUUGAUAAUGGUCCCAAGGGCAAAACUCUUGCCAACCGUGUUGACGCCACUGUAUCCGUUCAAUCCCUCACUGUGGCUCACAAUAUUCAUAUCAUUAAUAGUUAUGACGGCAGUUCACUACGGUAUCAGUAAACUGAAUCUGUUUGGAUCACCAAAACCGCGUUUUGAAAAGUCAAUCUUUGAUAUGAUCUCCAUAUAUUUAGACCAAGCAAUCAUUCACAAAAAAAGCACCUUAUCGUACCAAGUACUAAUAUCAUGCGUACUUCUCUCCGGAGUUGUACUGAGCAAUUCUUACGCAGGAGGACUCGCAAGUGUUCUGACCGUUCCAAGAUACGGCAAAUCCCUUGAGACCAUUCAUGACUUCGCCCAGAGCCCGUACCGCUGGGGAGUUCCAGCAAUCGCUUGGAUUCUAGCAAUCGUUGAUGCAGAAUCAGUUUGGAUCCCGCAAUAUCUCAACAAACCAAACCAAACUCAUCCCAACUUUUUGCAGGUCGAUCUCAAAGCCGUCGUCAAAAGUUCGACGUCAUUCCGGACGAAGGAAAGCUUUACCAGCGCACCUAGCCGGGGACUUUGGCAUCGGAAUCGAACUCCUCAACAGUCAGAAGAUAACCGUCGGGCCGUACAUCCGCGAGGACAACCACAGCGGGGCUGGCCAGUAAUGGAGCAGUUGAACCACUUCAUCCUGCUGGCCAACCAACACGGGCUCGUGCUGCACUGGGAAAGGCGAGCGCUGCGCAAGAAUCAGAGCACCAGGAUGGAGGUGGCGCUGGAUCCGACGCUUUCCAGACGGCAGCAGGACGAGGUUGUUCAAGCGCUAACUGUGGAACAUAUUUUUGGGCCGAUUUUUAUCCUGCUUGUUGGAGCUGCUUUUGCGACGGGGAUAUUUGUGCUGGAGAUUAUGUGGCAUUCGGUUUGUUUGGUUGGACCGGACAACUGGGGCUACAUCGACGAGAAUGGAACUGGCGAUGGAAUGUUGUACGCGACAUACCUGAAAAAGACGGAGCUAUCGAUUUGCUGUACAUCUUUCGAUUGGGUCCAAGACAUUCUCGACGGCAGUCAAUCGAUCGCUUACUCGUCCAUGAAGAUCUUAGUUCCACGAGCGAAACUACUACCGACCUACCUUACUCCGGUCUAUCCUUUCAGUUCCAACCUGUGGAUCGAUCUUCGUAACGUUGACUUCUAUGAGCGUUGUACUCCACGGUAUUACGGCGCUAAACUCUUUCCGAGAUGCUCUGGACCAGCCGGCGUUUGUGAAGUCCAUCUUCGAUACGAUCGCGAUCUUCUUGGAUCAGGGAAUCUUUUAAACUUAUCAACCCACUCGUAUCGUAGCCUCAUUUGCUUUAUAAUGCUGUCCGGAGUCGUGCUCAGUAACUCCUACUCCGGUGGCCUGGCGAGUGUCCUCACUAUUCCCAGAUUCGAAAAAUCGCUGGACACGAUCCAUAACUUCGCCUUGAGCCAGUACCGGUGGGCAGCACCUUCAAUCGCUUGGACCUUCACGAUAGCUGACGCGGAAACGCCCGACCUUCAAGCCGUGGUCCGCAAGAUCGAGGUCAUUCCCGACCCGGACCAGCUGUACCGGCGAUCCCUCCGCGGCGACAUCGGCAUCGGCAUCGAGCUGCUCAACAGCCAAAAGUUCUACGUGGGACCGUACGUCCGCGAGGACAACGUGCACCUGUUCGAGACGCUGAAAGAAAUCACCUACUACGACUACACGGCCGGGGUGUCCCAGCGGGGGUGGCCCCUGAUGGGGUACUUUAACAAGUUUGUGCUCGAGGUGGUCCAGGGAGGGUUCUUGAUCUACUGGGAGCGGGAAAUGCUGCGCAAGUUCCAGAGCAAUCGGCUCGCGUUGGCACUGGAACCGAUCAUAACGGGGCGCCGGCCGGAUGUGGCCCUGCAGAGGUUGGCCGUGGGUCACAUUUUGGGACCGCUGUAUUUGCUGUUUAUGGGGACCGUGGUUGCGGCCGUGGUUUUUGUGCUGGAGCUGGUUUGGUAUUCGGCUAAAGGGUUUCGGAAGGAUCGUCGAGUCAGUGCUUGGGAGUAGCUUGAGGAUUUUGAUUAUCAUAACAGUUUAAUGUUUAUUUUUCAAAAGCACAUGUUUUUUUUUUAAUGUUUAAACAUAAUAAAGUUUUUAAAACAAUUGUUUUUGUGAGGUGUGUUGUCAAACAAA